UGCGUUUAACGUUAUAACUUCAUUGUGACAGGUGCCCUCUUCGGGGUAUCCUGUUUUUUUUGAGUGUUCAUCGUCCGGAUAAAUUUUUUGGUUGGUUCCAAUAAAUUCUAGAAUACUAUCAUCGUCUAGAAAGCAAUGUAAAAUCCGAUUUGUAACGAUGGACAUCAUAAAAGUUCAUUGAUCGAGCAACGAAUUAUUUCUCUCUUUCUCUCUCUCUAGUGUCUGCAACAUGUGCCUUUUCUAUCUGUAAGAAUCCCGUCUCGAAUUAAUAAAGAUGACUGCCAUGAUCGAGGACGUACAAGCUCUACAAACUCUAACGAUUCAUACCAGCGACGUAAAUAGCGUCGAUUUUGCUGGCGAUUGUAUCCUGGUAACUGGAUCGGGGGAUAAACGUGUAAGAGUUUGGGAAUGGCAGAAUGGUACGGGCUACGUCGAAGCUUUCUUUUCACCACUUUUAGGUCACAAAUAUGGGGUAACUUCGGUCAAAGUUAGCCCACAAUCGACCAUGCUAGCUUCUUCUAGUAUAGACGGUACUACGUUGCUAUGGAAUUUAAGGACGGGAACGAAGAUACACACGAUGGUACAAGUUAGCGGAGAAUCUAUAAGAACCUGCAGAUUUUCACAGGAUUCAACAUUGCUAGUUACAGCCGGAGAUAACGGACAGAUUUGUCUUUGGGAUUUGAUUCAUCGUACUUUGAUAAGAUCAUUUCAGAAACACGAAAGUGCCGUGCAAGGAGUAUGUUUUACACCUGACUCAAACUGGUUGCUCACAACGUGCACGUUUGGCGUUAUGAACCUAUUCUCCACUGCCGAAAUGAUCGAUUCUAACAUGUCUAAUGGUCAAUCAGUAACCGUGUUUGCUUCGGUAGACGAUGCGCAUGAUCUUGGUGUAGUGUCGUGUGAUUUUUCAAUCUCGCAAGAAGUAACAGGUAGUGAGUCAUUUACCAAAGUUUAUCAAUUGGUUACUUGCGGCAAUGAUCACAAUGUAAAACUUUGGGAAGUCAUGGUGAUUCAAGAAAAAGUCGAAACCCAGCCAAAUUCUGCCACUAUAAAUCUUUACAGGGUAAUGGAAAAGCACAGCAGUGCCUUAACUUGCGUAAGAUUUAGCUCCAACGGAUUAUACAUUGCUAGUAGUGGUCUUGAUAAAACAGCAAUAAUUUGGGAAACGAGUACAGGAAAAAUAUGUAACGUCUUAGCGAGACACAACAGAUACGUCGCGUGUUGCGCUUUCUCGAGAGAUGGAAAUCUUCUGGCGACUGGUUCUAACGAUAAGUCGGUUAUUGUGUGGGAUCUAACAGGACACCUAACUAUCGAUUCUGAACUUAUACGACAUGGUGCUCCUAAGUUAUUAUUAAAUGAACGCGGAAAGAAUGCUAUGCACGAGCAUGAUGUAUUACAAAACGCGGAAUCGUCUAGAAACGAAGUGAAGUUAAUUCAGAGGAUGGACGAUCAUGGUGGAGCGGUCAAUGGCGUUGCUUUUUAUGGGAAUGAUUUGAUAGCUUCUGGUUCAGGAGAUAAAUUGGUACGUAUAUGGGCUAUUGAAAAAACUGAGGAAGACGAGGAAGAUAUAAAAUUCCAAGAGAAAUCUUACAGUCCUUUGGACGGCCAUAAGUAUAGCGUGAAUCACGUUGAAUUUAGUCCUUGCGGUACGAUGCUUGCUUCGUGUUCAUUGGAUGGUACCACAAUAGUUUGGAAUACCGAAAACGGUGGACAUGCAAGAGGAUCGUUCGUUAAUUCUGGUUCAGGACUUCGCGUAUGUCGUUGGUCUCCGGAUGGUACCAAAAUAGCAACUGCUGGAGACGAUGAAAAAACGACAUUAUGGGACAUGGAUAAUAUGGAACAUUUACAAAUUUUCGAAGGACAUGCUGAUGCGAUUACAUCUAUAGCGUUUACCCACGACUCGCGUUAUUUGGUAACAGCUUGUAACGAGGGUACAUGGAGAUUGUUCGAUAUUCUUAACGAAAAAACAGAAUUAGCCUUAUUGGUUUGCGACGAAGCACAUGACUUGGGUGUACAAGGAUGCGACUUUAGUCCAACUGGUUCUAUAGGAGCUACAAGAGGUGACUCCAAUUUAAAUAACGACAAACAGACAUAUCUAUUAGCGACAUGUGGAAACGAUUCUCUCGUUAAAUUAUGGCAAUUAACCAUUUUUAAUGAGGAAGAUGAUUCCGCAAAUGGUAUUGGAAAGAGCGACUGUAAUAUUAGCUUCAAAGAAAAAAGAACGUUGGCCGGUCAUGGUGGUAACGUCAUGGACGUACGUUUCUCUCCGAUUCAUGGAGAAAUUUUAGGAAGUGUUGCUACCGACAGGACAGCACGUAUAUGGAGCGUCUUUUCCGGAGCUUGUUUGUACGUUCUCGAAGAUCACGAAAGUCUUGUAACGUCAUGCGCAUUCUCCGAAGAUACAUCUUUAUUCGUUACAGGCGCAUUAGACAAGACCGUUCUAGUUUGGAGGAUACCUCAUCAAUUGGUGUCUCAAAGUAUAUUGAUCGAUAGUUUGAAACAAAAUAGAAAGAAGUUGGCCGAUUGGAGAGUCGACGAUACUUUGAAAUGGUUGAAUGAAAUAGGAUUAUCGAAAUUAAUGAAGAAAGUUCAUACGUGUAAAUUAACUGGACGACAAUUGUUGAAUAUUCCGGUCUAUGAAUUAUUAAAUAAACUCGAUCUUGAGAACGACGAGGAGACGGCCGAAAUAUUCAAGAGACAGUUGUAUUGGUUAAAAAAAGAGGACGCUAAUGCGAUGGAGAUUUCGGAUGAAACGGAAAUACCCCAUGAAUUUUUGUGUCCUAUAACACACGAGAUAAUGAAAGAACCGGUUCAAUGUUCAGAUGGAUUUACGUACGAGAGAGCAGCCAUAAACGAAUGGUUUUUGUGCGGGAAAUAUACAAGUCCGAUGACGAAUGAACCAUUACACGAUACUACUUUUACAUCAAAUAUUAAUCUGAGAAAUGCAAUAUGUACGCUUCUUCAUGGUAACGAACCAGAAUAAUAUAUUUUUAAGAUAGA